AAUGACAUUUCUUUCUUUUACUACGACUUUUCCAUCUUCACAUGUGUUUUCCAAAAUAAAAAAUCCAAAUAUUUUAAUAAUUUUACAAUAAAAUUGUAUCAAAAUGGGAAAAUUAAAUGUUACAAUACUUCGUUAUCUCUCGAGAGAAGAUUUUCGUGUAUUAACUGCUAUCGAAAUGGGAAUGAAAAACCAUGAAUUAGUUCCUGGAGCACUUGCUGCUUCUAUUGCGAAUUUAAAAGCUGGUGGAGUGCACAAGUUAUUGAGGGAAUUGGCCAAACACAAGUUGGUUUCAUAUGAACGAGGAAAGAAAUAUGACGGUUUCCGUCUUACCAACACUGGCUAUGAUUACUUGGCUCUCAAAUCCCUUACCCUCCGUGGUUCAUUAUCUUCUUUUGGCAACCAAAUCGGUAUUGGCAAAGAAUCCAAUAUCUACGUUGUCGCUGACGAAGAGGGAAACCCAAUUUGCUUGAAACUCCAUCGUCUGGGAAGAACUUGCUUCCGGAAUAUCAAAGAAAAGAGAGAUUAUCAUGGUCGUAGACACAAUGUUUCAUGGUUGUAUCUCUCAAGAAUCUCGGCAACAAGAGAAUUUGCUUACAUGAGCGCCUUGUAUGACCGAGGAUUCCCAGUUCCAAAGCCAAUUGAUUUCAACAGACAUUGCGUUCUCAUGGAAUUGGUCAAUGGAUAUCCAAUGACACAAGUACAUGAGCUGACUGACCCCGAAAGUGUCUACGACGAACUGAUGAAUCUAAUUGUGCGUCUGGGUAACUCUGGAGUUAUUCAUGGGGAUUUUAAUGAAUUCAAUUUGCUAAUCAGUGACGAUGGUAAACCAAUCCUAAUUGAUUUCCCACAAAUGAUGUCGACUUCUCAUCCAAAUGCUGAAUUCUAUUUUGAUCGUGAUGUUAAUGGAGUUCGUGAGAUGUUCCGUCGUAAAUUUGGCUACGAAAGUGAGGAUUAUCCCAAAUUCUCGGACAUAGUUCGGGAGGAUGAUUUGGAUGCCGAUGUACGGUGCACUGGUUAUGGCUUCACCAAGGAAAUGGAAAAAGAUCUCCUCCAGGAGUAUGGAAUGAUUGAGAAAGAUGAUGAAUCAGACGAAGACGACAAGAAUGCUAACGAACAAGAAGAAAAUGAUGCCAAAGACAAAGAACGUGAGCUUAAUGAAUAUCGUCAACAGUUGGAGCAGGAAGUUAGUUUCUCUGAAAACAAAGCCAAAAAAGCUGACGAUAAUAUUCGACGUUAUAUCGAAUCCUGUACUCAGUAUUUUGGUAAUACUACUCUGGAUGAAGUAUCACCUCCUCUGGAAGCAGAAGAUGAUGAUUUUGCUGAUGCUGAAGGAGAACCACAACUUGUUCCAAUUUCAACACCAAUUCCAAACAAAACGAAAGAAACUAUCUCCAAUCCUCUUCCUCCUACAAAGUCUGACAAUCAUAACGAUGCAGCAUCCGAUGCUGGAACAAUGAGUUCUAAUGACCUUGAAACCGAUAAUGUACCAGAAUUGACAGAUGUUGAUCCAAAUUCAAGAAUGUAUCGUUUGAAAAUGGUUGAGAAACUUUUAUCAGACGCCAGGAGUCAGAGAUCAUAUUCAACAACAGCGAGUACGAUUGCUCCAAGUGUAGUUACAGAUCGCAUUAAGAGGACAAUGGAUGUUAAAGAGAAGAGAGAAAUGCGAAAAAAAUGUGUGGCUAAGGGAGAAUCAAAUGCAACACAAAGAGGACGAAAGGAGAAUAAGGAUGUUGUAAAGGAGUAUGCUGGAUGGGAUUUUUAAUUAAGUUUUGA